CGUGGAGGAGAGGAUGUGGGUAAGCUGACAUCUGCAAGCCAGAGGUUCAACGGGAAGACGACCGCAGUCAGGCUGACGAACAACGGCCUUAGCAACCUCGAGGAAACUCCACGACAUGUAACUUGUUGUCAAGAGGUUUGUGUCCUGCAGGGCACCCCGAAGCUCACGGUGCCUCCCUGGGGCUUUCUGACAUGAGGGGGCGUUGCUCUCGAAAACUGGGCGUGCUGGCCAAGGCCGGCUUCCUGGUGUGGCUGCUAUGGCUGGGCUACCUACUGUUGGCACGCUCCUCCUUCCCCUCCUCUUCCUCUGUAGAGGAGGAAGACGAGGACCACAUUUUUCUGGUGAGACAGUUCUCCAUAGAUGAGAGCGGGGCUGAUGGGCAGCUGGCGAGGCCCCUCCACGUUAAAUUACCGCCAGACAACAAUGCACCGGGGGAGUGGGGUCGGGCCACGCACCUCAACCUCAGCCCUGAAGAAAAGAAGCAGGAGCAGGACAGCGUGGAGCGCUAUGCCAUCAAUAUCUAUGUUAGUGAUAAGAUCUCCCUCCACCGGCACAUCCAGGACCACAGGAUGAAUGAAUGCCGGAUUAAGAAAUUUGACUACAGGCGUUUACCCACCACCUCUGUGAUCAUAGCCUUCUACAACGAGGCCUGGUCCACCCUGCUCAGGACUAUUCACAGUGUCCUGGAGACCACGCCUGCCAUCUUGUUGAAAGAGAUAAUCCUCAUUGAUGACUACAGUGACCGAGGCUACCUGAAAUCCCAACUGGCUGACUACAUCAGUAAUCUGGAACGUGUUCGGCUCAUCCGCACCAACAAAAGGGAGGGCCUGGUCCGGGCACGUCUCAUUGGUGCCACCUACGCUACAGGUGACGUACUGACAUUCCUUGAUUGCCACUGUGAGUGCGUCCCUGGCUGGAUUGAGCCUCUGCUGGAAAGGAUCGGUGAGAACGCCAGUACCAUCGUGUGCCCUGUGAUCGACACCAUUGACUGGAACACCUUUGAGUUUUACAUGCAAACGGACGAGCCAAUGAUCGGAGGUUUUGACUGGAGACUCACCUUUCAGUGGCACUCCGUCCCCGAAGUGGAACGCAAGAGGCGCAGGUCUCGCAUUGACCCCAUCAGGUCUCCGACAAUGGCAGGUGGAUUAUUUGCUGUGAGCAAGUCUUACUUUGAGUACCUGGGCACAUAUGACAUGGGCAUGGAGGUGUGGGGAGGAGAAAACCUGGAGCUCUCUUUCAGGGUGUGGCAGUGUGGGGGCAGCCUGGAGAUUCACCCCUGCUCUCAUGUGGGCCACGUGUUUCCCAAAAAGGCCCCAUAUGCACGACCCAACUUCCUCCAGAACACUGUAAGAGCUGCAGAAGUUUGGAUGGACUCUUAUAAACAACACUUCUACAACAGGAAUCCCCCAGCCAGAAAGGAGACUUAUGGGGAUAUAUCAGAGCGGCUGCUGCUGAGGGAGAGGCUGAAAUGCAACAGUUUUGACUGGUAUCUGAAGAAUAUCUACCCUGACCUGCACGUACCUGAGGACCGGGGGGGCUGGCAUGGGGCUGUGCGGAGCUCAGGGAUCCACUCAGAGUGUCUGGACUACAACGCUCCGGAGCACAGUCCCACCGGCGCCCACCUCUCUCUGUUUGGCUGCCACGGCCAGGGAGGCAACCAGUACUUUGAAUACACAUCUCAAAAGGAGAUCCGAUUCAACUCGGUGACAGAGCUGUGUGCUGAGGCGCUCGAGGGACAGACCGCCAUCGGGAUGAGGCACUGCCCUAGCGAUGGGGAGGUCAAACCCCCCAGUAUCAUCUGGGAGUUCAGAAAGGACGGAACCAUCUACCACCCUCACUCUGACAUGUGUGUGACAGCCUACCGCACACCAGAGAGCCGCACAGACGCCCAGAUAAGGCGGUGUACCCCGGGAGACAAAAACCAGCAGUGGAAGUUUGAGUGGUAGGAGGAGGAAGAGCGAAAGUAGCAGGAAACCUCAAGUGACCUUGUUUUACCAUAGUGCAAUUACUACAGUGGAUGUCUUCUUCGCUGCUCCCAAUUCUCUCGCUCUCCAAGUCGGCACUCCAUUUGAAUGGGAAUGGAGAGCAAAUAAGCGGUGGUGAAAAGGUCACUUUAAGCCAGUGAUUGACCCAAUUCAGUGCUUUUAUACCCAUGUGAAUGACUGAAUAAGUUUGCGGCGAAGCGAAUGAGAAUUGCAAGAAGAGGUUUAUAUGGUCUUUUUAAGCAGACCAGCUGAACCUGAGACUUUCGUGUUGCUUUCAUCCAAGUGCCUCUGCAACCAAAACGGAGUCCAGCGCACAUCUCAAGUGUCUUAAAUGGUCACGUGUUCGUUCUUCUAACGCAACAACUUGAAACUGUCCGGCACGUAAAAGAAGUGCCUUUCAACGAGAUCUGAGACGAAGCAUUUCCUGGAUGAACUACAUGCAAAAUCAUGCUGCACUACAUUACGUUACCUUGAUGUGCAAUUAAUAUUAAUUAUUAUUGUUAAACCCUGACGCUUGUUUGUUUUUAGUUGUCAAAAAAAUGACCAAUUUCAAGACGGACUGCUGAAAGAAGACACGCCAGGAAUGUAGGGUCAACAGCAUUUUUUCUCCCCCGAACCAGCCACUUCCUAACAUGCUCCAUCAUGUGAGAGGAAAACGGGGCGAGAGCGCUGCGGUCAUACUAGACUGCUCCUCAAUUCUAUCUCUUGCCUGUGGAGCCAGUUUCAUGGUAGAAUGCUGCCUGAACAAGACUUGAAGCAUUCAUUAAGCAUUUGUGUUAAGUGCAAUUUGCCCCAGAGGGCUUAGCGUGUAGACAGGAAUGUAGUAGUCUAUUCUUCCCCGUUGUUUAAAAUUAAGAAUACCCUCUAAAGUCAUCUGUCACUGUGCCUUUGGAAAGGUUGUCACCCCAAAAGAACUUUUGUUCGUGCCGAAAUGAAACGUGCCAGCGGAUGUCAAACGUGUUUAGAACAUUCAAAAUGCUAAAACAACACUGGCUUGAUGCACUUGAUUUUAUUUAGACACAAAGAGCCUUAAAGGUAGCACCUGUUUAACUUAAUCCUUCAAUUUGGCUGUGCCAGACUGUGUUGUUAGGACUCCUGUGUGUAAACUGUACUUGAAACGGCAUCAGAAAUACUCCUGUGUUGUUGUUUUUCCACUGAAGACCCUGUGGGUGUUCCUGGGAAUCAAGGACCAAGAGACGCAGUGCAACUGUUGUUAAAAUGUUUGCUGAGAAGCAGCUGUAUUUGCUGAAGACUGCUUAUCACUGAGCAGUGUUUGGCAUCUGUGGUCCUCUGACCCCAUGAAUAUGAGAUAUUCAUACGAGUCAGUCGCUGCAGUGGGUAAACAAGAAGGGGACUUCCUGUUUUGUGUUAACUUUUUGUAAAUAAUGUUUGGUUUAAGGGACCAGAGAGGGACAGUGGUAUUGUAAAGCACCUCUAAAACUACUGAUAAUGAAAAAGGGAUGAUGAAUACUUGAUAUGAAGGAGAGGGUGAUUGAAAUGGGAUGGAUGUGUCAAUGUUGAUUAAAGCUGUUGGGAUAAUUGAAAGAAUAAAAAACUAACCGUUGUUGCACAUUGUCAUUUUCU